CCACCAUCCACCCUCACUCCCAUCAAAUCAUCUCCCAUCCACUCAACCAACCAAGCCCACCAUGCAAACCAUCUCUAUCCUCAUCCCCCUAACCCUCGCCUUCGCCGGCGCCCAGGCCGCCCCGCAGAUGCCCCCGGGCUGCCCGGACGGCACCGUGUUCCCCAACAUGCGGCCGGAAGGGUCCGGCUGCGCCAUCUACCAGUGCGCCCACGGCAGCCCCGUCAUGCUCGCCGACUGCGGCCACAACAUUGGGUGCUGGAACGACGCCGCCGGCAUUCCCCACUGCGGCAUCCCUUAGGUGGUUCGUCGGAAGUCGGGUUGGUCUGACCCUGGAAGUCGGAGCUGGGAAGCUUGGGGGGAGGGGGUGUUACAUAUUGAUGGAAGCACGCAGAUCCAAUGCAUAUAAAUCCAAUACGAUGAAGACUCUUCCGUUGUUUCAAGAUCCGUUUCCAUUGUUAAGGUACUGAGC